AUGAAAGCAACGCGUAUUUGUCUAACAUUGGUGGCCCUGGUGUUUUGCGGCAAUGGAUACGCAAGUCCAUGCAAGCCAAAGCCUUCAACAGCUACCAUUCUUACUUCUAGCGAGAUCCCAACCACUACAGCUACAAUCUCUGUUGCAGAGUCCUCAGUAACUACGUUUGCUUUAAUCACUUCUGAGUCUGCCACUUCUGAGUCUGCCACUUCUGAGUCUGCCACUUCUGAGUCUCUUAUUUCUGAGUCGACCGCUACCAUGUCCACUGCGAUUACUUCACUUGCUGAGCCCUCCUCAACUGCGAUUUUGACUUCCUCCGAUGCCCCGACAACCACUACUGCGGUAGAGGAAUCGUCACCAUCCAGCCUCUUCAUUAAUCCAUCUUUUGACGAACCUACCGACUUGGGACAAUACGAUGGGUCUCCAUGGAUGUUAAAGGACGAUGUCUCUCCUUUAUCGGUCAGCAUCAAGUCUGACCUUGCGCACACAGGGUUACACUCAGCAUACUGGUCCGUCACCAACACUGUCCAAAAUGGUCGUAUUUACCAGAGAGUGGAUUUGGAACAGAGUACCUUGUACAAACUAUCAUACUGGUGGUAUGUCGACGAGGUCGAACAGCCCACCGGACUUGAUACCUGCUUUAUAUCCAUGACACAAGAUGGCGUUGACGGGCUGUCAAGGUCUUUUCCUGAAUUCUUCUUCCUUCCAUCAACGCUGCCUCUAUCGACCUGGACAAAGCGCGAGAUUCCUUUCAAUUCCAUCAAUAUUACUCCAGCAUUCAUGACGUUUUCUGUCACAUGCUACGCAAGUGCAGGAAGUGGACUGAAGAUUGCUAUUGAUGAUAUUACACUGUCCAAGGCCUAG